GCUCCCGUUCUUCGCGACGCGUCGUCACUCGUCACUUCGUCUCGAAUCGAGGGCGAAGUUCGGCACGUCGAUGACGCGUGAAGUCGGAUCAAUGCGGUGCAUUGUACGCGCGGACGCUAUCUGAUAAGAGAAAUAACGAACGUGGCGUCGAGUUGAAUUGGCUUCCUCGCGUGCGACUUCAACACAAGCUAGAGUUCAUUCAUUUAUUCAUAAACGGAUAAUCUACUUGAUUACGCAAGGCAAGAAAGAAGAGAAGAAAUGAUGAUAAAUGCAUACAAUAGAAAGAGAAAGAAAGCAGAACAGGUGCGAGCUGAAUACAGAGAAAGAUUACACACUGGACAAUAAAAGUAGGAACUAAUUUACAAAAGGAAAAAAAGAAACUUAAGAUAUACAUAAAAAGUAUAAAGCAACAAGUACGAUACUUGAAUAGAUACAGUAAUGUGAAUGUAAUAGAACGCUUGAGUUUAGAUAUCAAGUGAAUAAAAAAAUUGAAUAGAUAUUGAGUGAAUAUAAAAGUCACACGAUUGCAAGGAGUGACAAAAUUAGUGAGAUUAAUUUUUAAAAUGUGAGGAGUAAUUAGAAAACGUUAGUGAAUUUUGAUUUGUUUGUUACAAAACACGUGUAAAAGAAAAAAUGUUCUUGUCAAGGAGAUUUACGUCAUAGCUACAAGUACAAAAAUCGACAUAAAGAAGUCGUCGGUGAGAAAAAUUAAACGAAGAAGAAGCAGCAAUCGCGAUUGAAUUUCUCAUCGUGGGUGGCGGUACAGAGAAACUAAGAAGGCUCGGGCGAAGUCUCGUCGAGAACGUCAGGGACGGUUUGAAAUAGGAGUCUACGUUUUCUCUAGAUCUGUCGUUGCUUCGCAAAUGGGGACAUCUGCUCGCCCUGUGUAUUUGAAUGCACCGCGACAGUUUGUCGGAGUUAAAUAACGACACGAUCACUUUCCGAAUUCUUCCUCUUUGAAAUAAAACGUUCGUCAGCCGGACGCGAGCGCACGCGUUCCCGGAUGCGGUGGGUGUCAUUAGAAUAACGCGGUACUGCGCUCGACACGCUCGACACGCAAUGCCGAUACCGCGCGCGUGUGCAAUUCGGGCGUGUUAGCUUCGGGAUUAACAAUACGACCAUUCACCGGACGCGCGCUCGGCCAACCGGUCACGACGGUGAGCGGUCGAUUCGGAUGGUCGGCUGGUCGAACGUGGCAGGUGUAACGUGCGCAUAGCUGCAUCUCAGGCGACAAUGAACGCUUCGUACUAUAUCUGGAAUAACGGCGCUAAUUAAUGCCUUCUCUCUCUCUCUCUCGAAAGAGACGGGGAGAGGAACAGCCAGACGGCGCCAGGCCAAAUACCAGCCAGAAACGGAUCCGGAGGGGAGAUUAUGGCGAUCACGACCUCCCCUUGGAAAGUUCAAUUGCAGGGCGUAGAGGCAAAACUCAUAUUCGUCAAUUAUAUGCGUCGGAGUCGCCAAUUCAUUAUCUUAUCUUUCCACUAGAGAAAAAAUAUCUGAGAUGCAAAAAAUAUUUAUUGGGGGUAAUGAAGAGAUGAUCGCGAGUCUGCCAAUCAACGGCGGCGGCAGCGGAGGGCCGGUGAGCCGCGUGGGUCGUGGAUUGGCCCUUCAUAGGUCCAACUCCAGUUUGGAGCUUCCACACAGUCCAGAUCCCGCAUCACGGGUGCCAGAAACGCCUCUGAGGAGGGAGUAUGGAUCUCACGGGAGUAUCGACGUAGUGGCGCAGUCCGUCACGGCCGGCGAGAACUUCUUCGCCAUGCUGCAGGACUUCCGACCGCCGGAACAGCGCGGCACAAUCGCUGGGGAUUACCUACGUCGCGUACACCAGGACGUGGGUCAGCCGCUCGACGUUGACGAGGUUUGUGGUCCGACCGGCGCUGGUUCAAGUCCGAAGUUGCGACUCAAACUGAACAGACUGUGGGGCAGCAAGCCUCCACGAGCGAUGGAGGAGACAUGCACUAACUCAGUUGUAUCAGCCGACGUGGAAGAACGACAUCGAAGACGAGCAUUCGCUCACUAUGACUGUCAGUCGCUCACGGCGAACUUAGGCUACGCCGCUAAGCUUCGGGGAAUUCUCUUAGCCAGGAGAAGAAACACAGCUACCGGUGCGUCCGCCGCCAGCGCACUGAGAGCCUCCACCCCCGACGAAGCUCCCGAAGAAGAUAUCGGUGAUGGGAAAGGUAACGACUUGCUGGAGCCGUGUCCCUUCUUCCGCAACGAGAUCGGCGGCGAGGGGGAACGCGAGGUUGGUCUUACUCGCUGCUCUCACGGUAAUGGGAUUCAUAGACCGUCGCUAUCCUAUGGGGUUUCCGUCCUGGAGCCGUCGCCCGGCGAGACCCUGUGGAAACACACUUGCCCGCUACAAAAGCGGUCGCUUCCCAUCGAGAGCGUCGACGAGGGGGCCCAUUAUUACAGACGUUACUUUCUCGGACGAGAACAUCAGAACUGGUUCGGCAUGGACGAACAGUUGGGUCCAGUGGCUAUCAGUAUUCGCAAAGACGUGAAUCAGUAUCGCGUGAUUGUGCGCACGUCGGAGUUACUGACACUCCGUGGUUCCGUGCCGGAGGAAGCCCUCGGGAUCAGGCCUCAGGGCCGACCGCCGACAAGGGAGCUGCUGGAGCUAGUUGCGCCGGAGGUGCAAUUGGGAUGCUUGAGGCUCGGUACAUCCGCCGCCGAGGAAGCGGUAGCAAGAUUGGACGAGCAAGGACUGUCCAACAAAUACAAGGUCGGCGUGAUGUACUGUCGAUCUGGUCAGCGAACUGAAGAGGAAAUGUAUAAUAAUGAGCACGCUGGUCCGGCUUUCCUGGAGUUCCUGGACACUAUCGAAAGAACUAGGAGAGCUCCAGAUACACGUGUUAACACAUUGUUAGCAUCCAUAUUCGCAAGCCAAAGAAUAAGACUGCGAGGAUUCGAGGGUUAUAAGGCCGGUCUGGACACCAGAACCAACUCGACGGGUACCCACGCGGUAGCGGCCACGCACCGAGGAGCGGAAGUCACCUUUCACGUGUCGACAAUGCUACCCUUCUCAUCUAAUAAUCGUCAACAGCUGCUGAGGAAGAGGCACAUCGGAAAUGACAUAGUCACGAUAGUUUUUCAGGAACCCGGUGCGUUACCGUUCAGCCCGCGGAGGAUACGCUCCCAGUUCCAACACGUGUUCAUCAUCGUGAGAGCUAUAAAUCCUUGCUCCGACAACACGCAGUACAGCGUGGCGGUGUCCAGGAGCAAAGAAGUGCCUAUCUUCGGGCCACCUGUACCACAAAGUGCCACAUUCACGAAGGGAAAGGCAUUCGCCGAUUUUAUUCUAGCCAAGAUUAUAAACGCCGAAAAUGCAGCUCACAGAUCCGAGAAAUUCGCCACCAUGGCCACGAGGACAAGACAGGAAUACUUGAAGGAGUUAGCUACCAACUAUUCCUCUACCACAGUCGUCGACACGGGCCAGAAGUUUUCGAUGCUGUCCUUUAGUAGCAAGAAGAAGACGGCAGUGCGACCGAGACUCUCUUGCGAUGCAUCUCAGCGCGGCGCGAUUUGCUGGCAAGUCAUACUCGAGGACAGCAAUCAGAACACGGAUUGUUAUUUAGGUAUAAGCAUAGACACCAUCGUGCUGAUCGAGGAACACUCCAGACAGAUAGUAUUCGUGACUCCGUGCGUGAGUGUGCUCGGAUGGCACGUUCAGACUAACAGUUUAAGAUUGUAUCAUCAUCAAGGCGAAUGCAUUACCAUACACGUACGUGGUGAUUAUGGCGAGCGAGACGAGUUAAUGGAAAUUGUGGCCCGGCUACGCGCCGUAACUCAAGGCGCGCCAGCCUCAGAGCUGUCUCUGAAGAGGAACAGCCUCGGACAGUUGGGCUUCCACGUUCAGCCCGACGGCGUCGUGACGCAGGUCGAAAAUAUGGGACUGUCGUGGCAGGCGGGCUUGAGGCAGGCCUCCAGGCUGGUCGAGAUUUGCAAGGUGGCCGUGUCGACCUUGAGUCACGAUCAAAUGGUCGACCUCCUGAAGACCAGUGCUCAGGUCACUGUCACCGUGAUACCGCCGACUAACGAAGGAAAUCCACGAAGAGGCUGUUCGUUGCAAAACUGCCAGUAUCUGUCGACUAAUUACGAAGGGGAUUACGAAAAUGUAACAAGCGCGGAUAACACACCGAGUCAACAAACGGCAAUGUCGCAUCAAAGGCGAUACGACCGAUCGUUCAGUCCACCGCGAUCGAGUAACAGCUCCGGGUAUGGUACUGGAUCGAGCUCUAGAUCGUUCAACGAUCCACGGUUUCCGUUGGAGGGUACAAUGACUAGCAGCAGUAGCGGACACAGUAGUGCCGAUGAUCGUUGGUAUGAGCUUCUAGAGACUCAAGAUCAGGACGGUGGGCACCGCGCGGACGGUACGCCACCUCCGUUACCAGCACGACAGAGUUAUCAAGCGAUGACACCCAACAAGACGCCCACGUCCGCUCAAAAGAAGGACAAAAAUUCUCAUUACGUCACCGCUAAACAGCUCGCUGAGAGCUCGAAGCAUCGCGAACACAUUCACGAACAUUACUUGAAGGAGAGCAACUAUGUGUCGUCGAAGAUUCUCCAAGAAAACGUGCGACACGAGAAUUAUCAGCGACAAUUGGACAACGCGCAUCGCGGGCAAGAUCAUGUAACGACCAACUAUGUGAAACUACAGAAGGAGAGAUACGAAAUCAAACAGGAAAACCUCUACGCUUCACAGAGGGAGCUCCACAAGAACGACGCGCAACACCACAACCAUCAGAAGCUCAGCGCGUCGAAUUCGCUGCCAUUGGCGCACAAUGCCGUAUACAGUCUACCAAAGUCGGGCAGCAACAAUAAUCUCGGUAGGUACAACGAAUACGAGCAGUCCGGCAACAAGUACGACUAUGAGACGUCGAAACUGGACAGGAGCUCCAAGUAUGAACUACAAGAGGAAAAGAUUAUGGAACGAUCAGCGGUUAAGUACGAGCACGAUGUACGAGGCCACGAGAAAAGACUCGGCUACGAAUAUCCCGAGGACAUCUACGAGAGAAGAAAUAGCAAAUACGAUAUGGAGCUUGCCAAAUACGAGAUAGAGUGUCAGCACAUUAAUAACGAUAGGAAGCACAACGACAACAUCGAGCACAAUCGAGAUUCCAUCAAGUACGAAAUGCCACACGACUUCAAAGUGGGCGAGAAAGUCACUUGUCUGAAAACUACCAUGUCGGAGCGACCUGUGCCGCACAAGGUGAACGUGGAGUAUCGGCAGACGAAGGACUUCCCGACAAGUCUACCACCAGAAGUGAGAAUAUCGGAUACGGUCAAUUGUCCGGAGAUCGCCACGCUGCCCAGCGAAGAUGAACUGUCGAACGGCUCGGGCAACGUGUCGCCUAGACUGCGGCGGGCCAGCAAACAUCGUGGUGGUAAUCGCACUCCAUCCAGCGGUGGCUCCAGAAACCAAAGUCCUCGACCCAAGCCAGGUAUCAGGAACACGCACAGGAACUCUGCAAACUUAACGUCCAGUACCCUCCAGGAGGAUCUCAUGAGACUGAUCAACCCCGAUUACAUCGCCGACGACAGUCAGACAAACAACAAUAACCUCGUAAACAGCGUGAUGAGUCCCAAUCAAAACUCGAACAAGCUGAAUAAUAAUAUGCUGGAAAUUCAGAACCGGUGCAGAUCUAGGGAGAAUUUAUGCGGCAAUAGCGCCUCCACCUUGAGUGUAUUGCCUGCAAACGGCCAGGAAAAUGGAAAUAACGGGUCGGAGGUGAUCCUGACGAUGGCCAGACCAGCGACGGUGAUCUCCAAUGCCAGCACUGCUUCGAGCCCAGCGUUAAGCGAGAACAAAUUAUCGAAAGAGGAAAGAUUAUCACCGCGUGUCACGAAACCGCUUCAUCCGAUCUCGAAACCGCACAGCAAUCUAACACCGAUCAAAGACAUGAAAAAUCAUAAUGAUGCAAAUAUGGAUUGUUGGAAGAAUCAGCACACAGAUCCCAGUAGAUCAAAGCAGCAUCCUCAAGAAUGGUCCGAUGACAUCGACAGUAACAACGUGAACGCAAAUGUUUCGGACUUGCAGUCGCAUCUAUCCACUCUCGAGUUGAGAAUGGCUAGGGAGACGCGUCUGCGACUAUCACUGGAGGACGAGGUGCGCCGAUUGCGCGACGAGAAUCGACGUUUACUCGAGUCCGAGAGUUUGCGACAGUCCUUGGAGGACGAGAAUCGUCGUCUGAAGGAUGAGAAUCACGCAGCCGCGCAGCAACUCCGACGUUUCACGGAGUGGUUCUUUCAAACGAUGGAUCACCCAUGAGCGUGGUGACUCACACAAGAUCAAUCAAUGUAAAGAGAUCAGUUUAGAAUAUUUCGUUCUAGUGAGAUCGUUUCGAACGACGAAUCGUCGGGAAACGCCGCAAUCAGUAUAACAAUAACUAAGAAGUGAUCUCGUAUUUGUAAAACCGUAUUUGUAAAGUUUUCAACUUUUAGUUCAGCAAGCUCGGAAAGAGUUUAUUUGUUCAAAGUGAAUUUUUAAACAGUUUCUGACCUGAAAAUUUCCGAUUUCACACGUAUAAAGUAUAAUGAGUCACAAAACUGUUGUGAUUUAAGAUAUCGCGAUGACAUGUUAAUACAUAAAGUAGUAUUUCACAAACUCUCAGUUCAUUGUUCUCGCAUUUCCGAUCUGAUGCAGAACGAUGUAAAUAAUUGUGAGAAAAAAAUAAGUUAUAUGAUCCGUGUGUAUUAUACUUAAUAUAUAUCUUAAACUAAGAAGAUAAACAUUAUAAAUAUACUUUUCUUCAGAAUAAUCAUAUCAUUUUAUAUGCAUUUAUUUUACUUAUUCUGCGUGCGCUGCCGAUAAAGUGUUGUUUGCAUGUGUUGCCUUCUUAGUAUCCUUUUACGCAUUUCUUCGAGUAUUACUAUUGCAACGUUUGAAUCCGAAAUACUGCUUUAUGCAUUAACAUGUCGUCACGUUAUCUUAAAUUUAUUUUCACACUCUGUACCGUCACUUCGACUCCUGUCAUAAUCGGCUUACGCCCAAAUACGUCAGCAGUACCUUUCAGUUUUGACAUCUUGAAGUGCUGCAACUUCAGUGCUCGAAAUGCAUUUUAUGACUCAUUGUACAUCGGCACCGCGGAUGUUGUAUUAUUCUAUCACUAAAGUGAUAGUUGUCAAAAAUUUUUGACCAGCCGCAUUCGUUUCUCACGAUUAUUGAUUAACCAAGAAAGUGGGAAUACGUUUAAGACAGAUGUGAUAUUUUGAUAACUUGAUGGUUCGUAUACGUCAAUAAAAAGUGUUACGUGCUUAUGUGUAACGUGCAAUCAGAAUAAGAAUGUUAAGAAAAAUAUAUAAGUACGAAGUUAAUAUAUACAAUUGAUAUAAAUAACAAAUUAGAAAAUAUACAUAUGUAUACUUUCUAAUUAUAUAUAUAAUUAUUAUAAUAUAAUAAAUUAUUAUAUUAUAUGUAUAAUUUAUAAUAAAAUAUAUUUAUCUUUCUUAACAUCCUUAUUUUUUCUACUGAUUGCACAUUAGACUUGAGUGAAUAAUCUUCUUUACCGGCGCACAUGGAACAUUAAUUUUUUAAAUGUCCGUUUGCUUGGAACAUAUCCACUUUCUCGAUCAACAACGAUUUUUAAUCAACAAUAAUGAGAAAUACAUAGCUAAAAACGUAUAAGGCUGGUCGAAAACUUGUAGUAACUAUCGAUAUAAUAAAUGAUAAAACUUCCGCGGCGUUGAAUGUAUAUUUGGUUUCAAUGGUUUAAACACAUUUUUUGAAUAUCUAAUUCAGCAGGCUGGGCAUAAAUGAUUUUUUUUCAAUACAGUUUGUAACGUAGUCGACAGUCUAAUGAGAGAUUUUGUUUUUGAUAAAUUUCCAGAAGUUAAGUUUUUCUAUUGGACUAUUGGCUGUAUUGCGAACUGCAUAAAAAGAAAAUGUUUAAGGCAUUUUGAAACUCAAUGCACGUAUCACUUCUUGGCUGUCAAUAAACUACUUGUCAGUAUCUUGUAGGAAUUGUUUAGCAGAAAAAAAAGAGAACAAAGUACGCGUAUCAAUAUUCUUAAAACAUGAAUUCAGUGAGUUAUCUCUUAUUCUCUUAUUUUGUUAGAUUGAUUGCAUUUAUUUUGUUCGAGUUUCUCAGUUGCUCAAAUUGGAGCACGAUCUUUGUAAGUGCAGUAUUAACUUGACCUUCGUCUGAAUGAUGUAGAUGUCACGAUGUAGAUCGUUCGGGGGCAAGCCACAAGCAUUGCAUUGCGAUUGCGAGUAAAAACUGCCCACGACACUUUCGACGCUUUGUAUUAUAUAGACUUGUUAAGCUAUUCUAAUUGUAAAAUAUAAGUUACCAUCGUACUGUUUCUUCUACAGAAGAUUCGUACGUUGACAACAAAAUUAUUUGUAGAUCCCGCGACCACACAAGUAAUUAUUUACGAUAAAAUAUCUUAAAUAUGCGUCUUGGUGUAAUAAGUGCAUAUUAAAAGUAUAGAAUAACGUUUAACUUUACACACAAAAGCGACCAAAUGACCAAAUAUUGCUAGAACAUUAAGGUCUUUACUUUAAUUCUGUAAUUUAUUAUGUCUUUUGUAUUAAUCGUCUAUAGAACGUUAAUGCGAACGCGUCUGAAGUCGCUGAAGCGAACACAGGCGUAAGGCACUUUUCGCCUUUGUCAGAAAUUCCUCAUCGAGUCCUUUGUAUAUGGAGUCCUUUGAGUAUACGGAGUAUAAUUUCGGCAUAAUGUACGAAAGCAGCAUUUAUUGAAAACUGUAAGUCAAUCAAUAAAGAAAAAUGCAUACUUCAA